ACGGAGGCUCAGUGGUGAACCCGCAGGCCCUCAGGACACAGCUGUACGCCCUGCCCCACAGCACGGCGCUUCCAUGCGCGCCGCAACACGCUUCUAUACCUCUGACACACACCUGCACAAUUGGCCGCAGCAAUCCGCCCUGCGGUCACACGCAACGUAACACACAUCGAGAAGACCCGUGGUACUCGCUGGACAACGUUGCUGCCUAAAUCAAAAUUUUUGUUUUCCCGUUUCGUUGUUUUAUGCCUUCGGCUGGGCUUUACUUAUUGCGCGCGCGUGUGUGUGGUCAAAGAAGGCUUCUCCUGUCAGCGGAAGAGUGACUCUGCCCUACAACAAGCAGGCGACUUCUGUCAGUGCCAGUUCUCGUCCUUCCUUCGGUGUAUUUAUUUUCUGUUUCGAUUUCCUUCCACGAUGGAGAGUGGAGCAUCGAAGGACGCGUUCCUUACAGAGUGACUUCGUUGUAGGAGUGAAUUGUUCUUGUUGAAAUGAAUUAAGAAAAAUAAUUAAGAGCGUUCGAAGGUAAAAAUUUGUAAAGGCUUGUAAAAUAUUUUAGGCUUUUUUUUAUCGAAUAAAAAAAGGCUUAAAUAAUAUUUUUGUGCUCCGGAUUCGUGUCUGAUACUUGGGAGUGUGUGCAAUUUUGUAGAAUCGAAAAAGUGGCCGGUGAUCCUUCUGGGAUAAGAGAUAGGCGUCCUACCCUUAGGUAAGGAUACUGGAGCAGGUCUUGUACCCUCGACAAACAUCAGAAAACAUACCCGGGUGAAGGGGGGCCCAUUGAAAGAGGGUGUGUGGAUUGUUGAGAACAGUCCAUUAUGCACUUGGGCGAAGAGAUGGGUGACUGCUGGUGGUCGGAAAGGGCGCUGACAGAGCUCCUUGGGGAACACCCGGGAGAGCUCGUGCGGACAGGAAGCCCCAACUUCGUGUGCACGAUCUUGCCCCCGCACUGGCGAUCGAACAAGACUCUGCCCGUCGCCUUCAAAGUGAUUGCCCUGGGCGAGGUGGGCGACGGCACGCUGGUCACCGUCAGGGCUGGAAACGACGAGAACUUCUGCGCCGAGCUGCGCAACAACUCCGCCGUCAUGAAAAAUCAGAUCGCCAAGUUCAACGAUCUGCGCUUCGUCGGCAGAUCGGGAAGAGGAAAAAGCUUCAACCUCACAAUCACUAUCAGUACCUCGCCGCCUCAAGUCACGACGUAUUGCAAAGCCAUCAAAGUGACGGUCGACGGCCCGAGAGAACCCAGAUCAAAAGCCCAACUGACCACCCUCUCCCUCUGCCCCCCAGGACAGCAGCAGUACAGAGCCUUCGCCAUCGGCCAGCGGCCCUUCCUCGACACCCGCUUCAGCGACCACCUUCGGGAGCUCGAACUCAGACGGAAGUCAGAUUCGAUACCGCCCAGUAUCGCCUUUAAAGUACCGCCCCAUACGACAGCUACGACACAAGACCCCUCUCAGUCCCUAGGGCUGGGCACAGCAGACGGCCACUGGACGAGUUACACUGGCACCCAUUACUCGUCUUAUAUUCCAGGUGAGACCACUGGGAGCCUGGGAGGAAGCAACACGCCAACUCUCCAGAGCGGGUUCACAUCGACUCAAGCUCUGGGCUACAGUAGCGACAUCUCGCAGCAGGUCAACACACUAGAUUCAAAUUCGACUCAUUUGUCCUCAGGAGUGAUCGAAAACUCGCCGAGUUCCGGAGGAGAUUACGAAAGCCUCGCCUCUUUACAAGCGCCGCAAUCUCCUCCUCGCCACGACUACAUGCUCGUCAGGUACUCUUCGCCAGACCCACGACACGCCGCCAGCACGGCAUCCGAUCCCCGACAGGACUUGUCUUGCGCACCGUACACGCCACCGGCGACUUCAACCAACGCCGCACCGACACCCUCCGGCACCAGUGGCCUUCUGGUAGGGGGCUCUUCGUCCACUGGAGGCACAGGGAGCGGUGUCGUAGCUGCUGCUGCAGCUGCUACAGGAGGCGUUGGUGGCAGCGCAGGAAGCUACCCCGGGUACUUGGGCAGUGGUUACUAUUCAGCUACAACUACUGGUCAGGGUUACCUCUCUCCCAGCAUGUCGCUCUUAUACCCACAUCUGUACCCUCAGCAAGGGCAGUUAUCACUCUUGGAUCCACGUCAAGCAACGGCUGAUCAGUACAGCGGGGCCACAGCGGCGCCAAAUGCCACAGGACAGCGAGGAGACUACACCAGACACGAUGGAUAUCGUGACAUGUCCACCGGAGGAGCAAGCACGCCCGUGGCACACCAGAGCAUGAUGGCCACCCACAUGACACCAGACGAAAGCCUGCAUGGUGCUCACGGACAUGAUCGUUAUAUGAGCAAUGGAACGAGGGCAGGUGGUCCUUCGCCAAACGACCCAUCCGUCUGGAGGCCGUAUUAGUGCUUUUGUGCGACCCUCUUAUUAUCAAUUCCCAAGACAAAACAAAAAUGUUUGUUAAAAAAACUUUUAUGUCAUGUUAUCUCUAGUAACAGGCUUGGACCUAGAACUAGAAAAACACUAAAAAUAAUAUAUCAGAAUGGAAGCAAGUGAAUUGUGUGAAAAUAAUAUAAUGGAAACAAGUGAAUUAUGCUGGUCAGAGGUUUCUGUACUAUAUUUCUGACAGCGCUAUGACUUUAUUAAUAUUUUCAUCAUUAUCAUCAUUACCAGAGCUUCAUAAUGAGAGCACGUGAUCCUCACACUUUUUUAUGUAUUUAUUGUUAUAACCAAACUUCUCUGAAGUAUGAUUAUUGAGAGAAAUGAAGAUGCAGUUUGUAUAUAUUAACUAUAGCAUGACUAUUACAUGAUACAUUAUAAUUUCUUUUUUCUUUUAGUUUAAAAACCCAGGAGAUACACACACCGUGUACCUGGUGUUGAACAAGACAAAAAUGUGCAGUUAUUGUAUGAUAACAAAAAGUACAACAUUUCCUGUAACCAAAUGCGUUGUAACAAAGACAUUUCGAAUGUCGCAGAAACCCAGCAGGCCAAUUGUUCCUAUUUAAUCCUGGCCUCUUGUAAAAUAAACAUGUAAAAGAUUGAUGUAAGAUAUUAUAGACACACAAACAUUCACCUUAGGAUUUUUUAAGGAACUUCCAAGGGUCGGUUUAGCUCCUUGGGUCGAAGUUCAGUAGGCAUGUAUCACUCACUCCUGAAUGGUUCAACGUUCCAGCACGUCAGUGGAGAAAUGCAAUAUCCUGGAACGCCAAAGGUAUUUCAGUGUCCUUUCCCAUACACUCGUUUUGAAGAGGCUUGAUUUAGCCUGAUGACAGUGAACCUUUAGUACUCUAAGGUUUUCUUUUUUUACUACCUUUUUUCUUUUUGCCAAAUAUGCUCUCUAAUUCCAUUAACUUAUGAUUUCGAUUCCAUGUCAUCUUAGAUGCCUGUUAAAAUUCACAUACAAGUUUUCCACGGGUUUCAAGUUGUACGAAGUGGCAUCAACAGUAGGUGGUUCGUCGCUUGCACAGAACUGCUACUAAGAAAACAAUGUCCGAGUUUGCUAAAACAGCUAUACAAUCUCAAACAGACUUGCUACGUAGUAUCGAUAUUGUUUUAGUUCUUUCAGGUGUCUGUUUAGUCGAAGUCGUCACCAUACUAAAAGCUGUGACCACCCUGGGCAUCAACAGGUAACCAUAUAGACCAGAAAAUACUCUUACCUGGAACGAACGUGCCUUUACAAGGUUCUUGCCUUUACCAGUGAUUCAUAUCGGCGACGAAAUAGAGGUUGUUUUUAAGAAACAGCUCCAUGUUGUGUGUCAAAAGUAUAAUUCUUAAUUCCACACCUAAAUAAAAAUUGAAAGUGACAAUACUUUUAAAACAUAGUCAGAAUGAAGAUUCCUACUCGAAGUAGCAUUACUCCAUCUCUUGGCUACUAAUUCUGACGAUGAUUUUCGCAGUCUUGUGUUGCUUUCUUCGUGGAGUAUUUAUUUACAAGUUGACAGUGAUUUUACGACACAGGCGUGCGUUAGAAGAAAGAGCUUGAGGUUGUGUUAAAGCAAUGAUAAUAAUGAACUUUUAUAAUAUCAUGAUUCUCGAAGUCUUUCUGUAAAGCCCAGGUUUCCCCGUCGUUUAUGGUUAUCCUAGAAUAUAAAAGUUACAUAGGCCGAGAUUUAUUAACAAAUAGUUGACAAGCCUGUGAAGAUGACUAACUUAGCGAUGGUUGAUCCGAUUCUAAAAUGCGUAACGAAGCAACGUACUUCUGAUGAUUUAAAGAAUCAGCGUCGUGCGCUGGAUAGACAUACUCAGAACAACUUCAAGUUAUGGAAGAAGAGUGGUGGGGAUAUCCCGCCACUCUUUCAUUUGGCAAUAAGCAACCUUCACUUGUUGAGAAGUCCCUCUUACAAGGUCCUAGGACUGGAAUAAACAAACAUACGUAAAUCUGUGCAGUCUGAGGAUGGACUGUUAAUCAUUAAGAUAUCUAACUCGUUCUUAAGUAACAUAAUAUAUAGAAGUGUUUGCCCUCUGGCGUUUUGGCUACAGUCCCUCCCUCCAGGAAACUUCAUUCCAUGAAUAAGAAUAAUGAUUAUCUUCUCUUUUGGAGAGUAGUCUCUCUCCUCAGAGUGAGGGACGUGUAAUCACUCCUUUUGGACAACUUAUCCCUUGACACAUAGUGGUUCCUAUCUAUGAAGAGCAAGAUGCGUCGUAUUUUCUUGUAAUCAACUCGUGAUCUCCCUAGAAUGGUAGUACUUUUCAUUUCGAGAGAAAUGAGGAAACUUUCAAUAAGUUGCCCAGAUCUGAGAGAAUAUUUCUGAAGGAUAGUAGCCUAGUUUUUAUUUGUAAACAUAUGGCAAUAAGCCUGGAUAUCAUAUAUUCAGGUGUGUUUAUCUCUUGAUCAUUUAAAGGUAGAUAGUUGCAGGUAGCAUCGUCUUUGUACAGGUAAUCCCUCAUAACGAAAAUGUUCCGCAACAAACCCAGUUUUGUCCAGUGUACGUGCAUUAACUCUUUGCUCAAGUGAUACAAAACAAGGAGGAAACCUGUUUGCCCUACUUCAUGGAAACAUAUUUGUGUUUGUAUAGUUUUAUAAUUUAUUUAUGCUUGCUGAACCAAAGACAAGGUUCUUUAUCGCCAAGGGGGUUCCUGUUUAUGCUCAAAAAGUGAAGUUGUCGAUGGCCUCAACUUUCUACUUUUAACUUGCAUGGGCAGCUUUUUCAUUUUUUUUAAAGCAAAUGCCACCAGAAAUGUUUGAACAAAAUACUUUUCACAUAAAGGCCUUGCAAUGAAAAACAAUUGUGUUGUGUGGUUGAAGAAUUUUGCAACGUCUUUGUAAACACUGAAAACGCAUUGCUCUGGUGGCAGAAAUCUGUGCAUUACCACAAUGAUAUUUUUAGAGCUUGGCUGAAAGUCAGCUAUCAGUCAUAGCAUUUUUUUCUCUUUGAUAGCCAGUUAGAACUUUUCUUUAUUUGUUAAGACACGUGAUCGUUCCUAUAGAAUGUAGGGUCAGCCAGUGCUGAGUCUCUUUGCAGGGUUUUCCUUUGUUUUCUUGUCUUAGAAAUAGAUGUUUCAGUAAAAGGAUGUGGACACAGAAAGAGUUUUGAUAAGCGAGCAAAGUGAAAGAUAGCCGUUAUAUUUCCCGUUGGAUGUGAAAGUAAUGCAGUCUACCUAAGUAUUGAAAUAUAUUUCAGGAAUAUUUAGUCUUAACUUUGAAAACUCGGGAACUUUUACCUCACAAUUAAAGAUGAAGCUUAAGAUACAUCAUAUUUAGUCUUCGCUGCUUUCAAAGUUUUGGCAUGAUCAAGGAGGAAAGAAAUGUUACAGUGAUAUCAAUUAUAAUUCCACUUUGAUGAAGAAGAAAACCUGAUCCUGAGACAAGUGUAUUUCUAAUUCAAGUACAUAGUUCCCAUAGAAUGUAGUUCAAAGAGAAAACUGGUGGAAAAAAGUAGUUCUAAGUGAAAAAGUGAUAAAAUUUCCAAUAGAUCGUAGUAAAUAAUGAAAUAUUGGAGUGAUUUUAGUGUAUUUUACUUGUGACUUUACUAGUAUACAUAACUGCUCAAUACCAGUGAUAAUGGGCUUCCAAUGUAUCACGCACGAUCUGAAGGCAUAUAAAGCAGCAUGUGUUUUUUUAUAUGCAACCACAGAUUACUGAUGUCAUGUGACGCUGCUUUUUUGGAUACUUAAAACGAAGUUAACGUUACAUUUGUUCGACCAGUUGGCACAGAAAAGCGACUCGUAAUAGUUAUAUCAGUGAUUGAUUCUUUUGGAUAAACUAAAGCAACUGUUGUUAGUAACAACCUUUUGAGAAAAAGCCUCCGAUAUGUUUUGUGCUAAUGAAGAGACUCUGAUAACCAAUGAAGACCUUCAAGAACACUUAACUUCUUUUUGAAAUGUGUGAAUAAAGAGCUUGAAUUACUUGUAGAUGAAAGGCAUUUUGAGAACAUGAGCAUUUUUCACUACUUGUUAUUGAAGAUUUGUAAUUAAUCAUACAGGUCAUUCAAUCAUUUACAAAGUGAAUAGUAUGCAUAUCCCAGUAAAAGCCUUCCAUUAAUUUCAUAAAUUUUCAGAGCUUAAUGGAUGAAAGUACUAUAUUUAUUGUUGAAAGGAUGAACAGGUAAUUUUAUACCAUUAAUGAGUAAUUUUAUGUAUCAUUAAUUAACGUUUCUGGAUGAUGAAAAAUAAUGCCGAUGUUUAACAAAAGGUAAUAUCAGAUUUUGGAAACUGUGUAUAAUUUCCGAUGUAUGGUUUUUGAGAAAAAAUUCUUCGUGGCAAUUCAUAAAAUAAAUUAGCAACUCUUUUAUUUCACAGUCGGCACAAAAAUUAACAGAAAAACAACAUAAUUAUUUGCUUUAUACGGACGAGUCUGAGAAAAGAGAACAAAUCUAUUCAUAGCCCGAUUCUUCAUCACAAGAACAACCGUUUAGCUUGAGUUUGGCUUCAAUGCUCUCACAUCUCGCGAGGAACAUCAAGAAAAAUGACCCAAAGAACAGAAUCUGUUUCCAUUGCCUCAAGAGAAGAGGAUAAUGGACGAAUCUCUCUGUUUUUGCAGCAGCAAAUUUGACUUUCUUUGGCUCGUUUGUUGUGUUUUGUUUCAGAUGAAUAAGAAUGGGGCGUAAAUUUUCAAGUGGUCGUCUUUAGUAAUGUUUAAGAAAACAAGGACUUUUUGGUCAGUCUGGAAUUCAUUUUUUUUUAAGUCUGUAGUACUAUUUUGGUAGGUAAAUAAGAACUAAUGAUGGGUUUUGAGAGUCGUCUUUUUGUGCGUGAAUGUUGUCAUCUGUUUAUUGCACAAAAAUGUAUGGUAGAGUCCAAGGAAUCAUUCUUUGUUCUUCUUGCCAUUUAUAAUACGAAAUUUUCGCAUCCAUAUCAGUGUCACCUAAAGUGACUGUCUCACAUUCAAGUUGUUGAAUUCCAAAUUCCGUUCUUAAUAAAAUUGUUUUAAUAGGGAAUGCUUUUCAAAACCAAACGGUUAUAUAAUGAUGAGUCACUUCCAUCAUCCAAAGUAUGGCAAAUUCUCACAUUCGGAGUCUCUCUUCUUGUUCUUCUUGGCCGAAGAAUGUGCAAUAGGGCUCGUUUUCUGUUAUAUUUGCUAUGCAGCUUUUGACCUUAUGACCUGCAUGGCACAAAAGUCAAGUGUAUUUGUGAAAGAGGUACUGCGGCUGCCACGAAGAAAUGACCUACUGUUUGCUUUAAGGACUGUACAUAGCUCAUGAGCUCUACGCAUUGUGUCUCGAUUUUGUAGCAUUUAGAUACUUAUAUUAAAGCUACA